CGCAGAGAGGGAGAGGAGGAGGAGAGGAAGAGGAAGAGGAGGCAGGUGUGAGAUGCUCGGCUGGCUGCGGGAGGAAGACAUGUCUCUGCAGGAGCUCCAGCAGCGUGCUGACUGUGUCAUCACCCACAUCGAUGAGAUCAUGCAGCAGGAGAUCAGGCCCCUGCUGGCGGUCGACAUCAUCGAGCAGCUUCACCGCCAGUUCGCCGUGCUCUCAGGUGGAAGAGGGAGGGAUGGCGCUCCCAUUAUCACAUUCCCAGAAUAUUCCGGCUUCAGUGACCUGCCGGACGAAGACUUCCUCAAUGUGGUCACCUACCUGACCAGCAUUCCCAGUCUCGAUGCAGCGAGCAUCGGGUUUGUCAUCAUCAUCGACCGGCGGAGAGACAAGUGGAGUUCGGUGAAGGCUUCAUUGGCCCGGAUCGCGGGGGCGUUCCCGGGAAACCUGCAGCUGGUCCUGGUUCUCCGACCCUGCCGGUUCUUCCAGAGGGCCUUGGCCGACUUCGGGAUCCGGCUGCACCGCGACGACUUUAAAAUGAAGGUACCGAUCAUAAUGCUCAACUCGCUGUCCGACCUGCACGGCUACAUCGACAAGGGUCAGCUGACCUGCGAACUGGGGGGGCACCUGGAGUACUGUCACAACCAGUGGAUCCACCAUCGCACCGCCAUAGAGAACUUUGCCGUGACGGUGAAAACCACGGCCCAGAUGCUGCAGCGCUUCGGGACCGACCUGGCCGAGACGGAGCUGCCCAACGACGUGCAGUGCACCAAGGACCUGCUGGGGGCGCACGCCGAGAAGCACCGCACGCUGAAGAGCGAGCUGGGCCUGGCGAUGACGCAGGGCACGACGCUGCUGUCCUGCAUCAAGGAGCAGGCCGCCAGGAAUGCCAGCGCCCGCCUCAACCCCGACGAGGCAGAGAACCUCACCACUGUGGAGAGGUUGUUGGCCCAGUUGGAUGAGACGGAGAACGCGUUUGAGCAGUUCUGGUCCAAACAUCACGUCAGGCUGGAGCAGUGCUUGCAGCUCCGCCAUUUUGAGCACGAUUUCAGAGAGGUGAAGGCGGCUCUGGACGGGCUGAUGCAGGCCCAGGCCUCGCUCCCGGACAGCGGGGAGAGCGCGGGGCGGGUGGACCAUCUGCUGGCCGAGCUCACGGCCCUGCAGGAGAGAGCCCAGGAAUCCCUGGAGAAGGCCCAGCUCCACGCGCUGCACGGCGACCAGCUGAUCCAGAGCAGCCACUACGCCGUGGACUCCAUCCGGCCCAAGUGCCUGGAGCUGCGCCGCGUCUGCGACGACUUCUCCAACGGGGCCCAGAGGAAGCACGACGUCCUCGCCAAGGCACACCUGGUCCACCUGGGUAUAGACAAGGUGAACCAGUGGUGCGAGUCGGGCGUGUACCUGCUGGCCUCUCAGGCCGUGGACAAGUGUCAGUCGCAGGAAGGGGCGGAGUCGGCGCUGCAGGACAUCGACCGGUUCCUGGAGAGCGGCGCGGAGCAGCACCUGGGCGACCUCAAGGACCUGCGCAACCAGUACGACGUCAUCCUCACCGCGGAGAUCAAGGACGGCGUGCAGAAGGCGCUGGGCAGGCUGGAGGACGUGCGUGAGAUGUUCGGCCGGAGACACGUCAGCCUGAAGAAGCUCUCCGCCAAGCAGGCCCGCCCCGUGCAGCCUGUGGCCCCCCGCCCCGAGGCCUCCCCCAAACGCAGCUCCCCCAAACCUGGGAGGACCCCCGGCCCCCCGGCGAACCGCAGACUUCCGGAGAAUUCCGCCAGUCCCAAGCCGCAGACAGAGGCUGACCUCGCCCGGAAGAAGAACAUCCGCAAGGCGAAAGGCGGCAUCAAGAUCGAGGUCCUGCACGAGGCCAGCCAGGGGGGGUCCAGCCACGCCCUGGUGUCCGAGACGGAGGAGUCACUGUCCUGCAGACGCCAUCACAUCAUGACGGAGCUGAUCGAGACUGAGAGGGUGUAUGUGGAGGAACUGCAGAGCAUCAUGGAGGGGUACGCGGCCCAGCUCCACAACGCCGAUCUCACGCACCUCGUUCCCGUGCCGCUCCAGAACAAACGAGACGUGCUUUUCGGGAACCUUCCGGAAAUCUACGACUUUCACAACAGGACGUUUCUGAAGGAGCUUGAAAACUGUGUUGAAAACCCAGAGUUGCUGGGAAGGUGUUUUCUGAAAAGGAAAGAGGACCUGCAGGCGUAUGAGAAGUACUGCCAGAACAAGCCCCGGUCUGAGGCCCUGUGGAGACAGUGUGGGGACUGUGCCUUCUUCCAGGAGUGUCAGAAGAAGCUGGAGCACAAGCUCUCUCUGGACGCGUACCUGCUGAAGCCUGUGCAGCGGAUCACCAAGUACCAGCUGAUGCUGAAGGAGAUGUUAAAGUGCAGUAAGAACUCGGAGGGCACUGCGGAGCUGGAGGAGGCGUUGGCGACUGUGCUGGACAUCAUCAAAUCGGCCAACGACUCCAUGCACCAGAUCGCCAUCACGGGCUUCGAGGGCAGUCUGUGUGAGCUGGGGAAGCUGCUGAUGCAGGGCUCGUUCCAGGUGUGGACGGAGCACAAGCGGGGUCACAGCAAGGUGAAGGACCUGGCGCGCUUCAAGCCCAUGCAGAGGCACCUGUUCCUGUACGACAAGGUGCUGCUCUUCUGCAAGAAGCGCGAGGAGACGGCAGAGGGCCACGAGAAGAGCCCCUCCUACAGCUACAAACACUCCCUAAAGAUGAGCGCUGUGGGAAUCACGGAGAACGUGAAGGGCGACAUGAAGAAGUUUGAGGUGUGGUACAACGGGAGAGAGGAGGUCUACAUAGUGCAGGCCUCCUCCAUGGAUGUGAAGAACACGUGGGUGUCAGAAAUCAGGAAGGUGCUGACAGGACAGCUGGAGGCUUGUAGAGAGGCCAGUCAGCUCCACCAGAGGAUCACAGAGAACGUGUACCACGCCCCCAUGAACGUGUCUAACAGCAGGAACAUGAGGAAGACGAUGCUGAAGCAGUCAGACUCGUCUAGUCCUGAGACCGGAUACCGCAGGGGGAACCCCAGCCCCAUCAUCCGGCAGAAACGAGGUCCUCUGUCUGCCAAACUUAAAGUCAAGAGGCAGGAUAUUAAGAGUGACCCCACCCCACUGGGGUAUGAAGAUUUGCACAAAGCUCUCCCGGCUCAGAGCAAGCGUAACAGCACCCCCGGCACUGCGGCCGUGCCCCGAUCCGCCUCCCAGCCAGGAUGGCCUCAGAAGCGUCUCCCUUCCAUGGAUAAUGAGGAUUUUGAAACCAUCCCAUCCAGCGCUGAGGAGCUGUCCAACUCCUCCGACGCUGAGGACGACUGCGGGGAUAAAAACGGCGAGGCCGACCCGCUCCGUGUGCGGCUGACGUACGAGGGCCCGUCGGCCCAGGACCUCUCCGUGGAGGCGGGGGACCUGGUGCACUUCCUGGAGGAGGCCGAGAGCGGACAGUGGCUAGUGAAGAAUGUUGUUACUCAGAAGACAGGGCUGAUUCCUCCCGGAAUCCUGCAGUCUUCAGGAGGAGCUCAGAGUUACCGUCCCACCGAUAUCUUCAGCGAUAUGUGUUCCGCUGCGCUGAUGGACCCCGAGGAGAAGGAGGUGGAACCUGUGGGAACGUAGAACACAGGACAUGGACUAGCGUAUAGAACCCAACGGCUCAUGGAACCCAGCAUGGCUGUGGGACCCAACGUGCUAACGGAACCCUACAGCCUUAUAAUACUCACCAUUGCUGUGGAACCCAACAUGCUAACAGAACCCAACGUGCUAAUGAAACCCAACGUGCUAACAGAACCCAGGACACUUCCGUGGGCCACCUGCAGCUCUUUGGCUUGUGUGUGUGCCGUCUGUUCAUUGGAAAUCCCCUGCCACCCAUCUUCCAGCCUGUUUAGCUGCCUCCCCCCCCCAGACUGUAGCCCCCUCUGUCCCAGGAGCUGUGCUCCAGCUCAGCCACUCUGGAGAAACACAAGCCUUUUGUGCCAGACUGCCCCAAACUGUGUAUCACCUGCAGCCGCCAGGUACUGAACACACACACACACACACCACCCAUGGACGCACGCACCCAUGUACACGCACACACUCUCACACACACACACACACACACACACACACUCACCCAUGGACACACACACACACACACACACCCAUGGACACACACACACACACACACCCAUGGACGCACGCACCCAUGUACACGCACACACUCACACACACACACACACACACACACACACACACACACACACACACACACACCCAUGGACACACA